UUCUGCGCACGCGCCGAGCGCCUCUAUCCUCGCGCCGGCCUGGCAGCGCGCGCCGGAGCUGCUGCUGCUGCUGCUUCUCUGCUGCGGCGUCGGCUUUGCAAUUUGUCUUUUGCACUCGGAGAAAGCAUCGAUCAAGACUCGACUUCGCGCGCACGCGCGAGACCAGAGGAUCUCGUUACAAGGGCUGUGAAGUGACGCUAUCCGAUCAACGCAUGCGCAAAAGGCGUCUCGAGCAGUUUGUGGAGAGCGAGGACGAGGGUCAGAGCAGGUCUCUUUCAUGGACGCUUUUUAUCAAGUGGGAUCCAUUCUACGACUGCCUUGGUCCACCUGCCAUCAGUCCUUCUUGCUAUGUGACCAGCCAAUUUCCAAAGUUGACAAGGUCAACAAUGGCAGCUAAGUGGAUUUCCCAAGAGACAUUUGAUGAUGUGAUACAGGAAAAUAUCAUCGAGUUUGGAAUGGAUCCGGAAGAGGCAUUGAAUGAAGCCAUCCAGCAGUUUGAAUCUCAAGGCGUAGAUUUAAGUAAUAUAGUAAAGAUGGUACCCAAUCCAGCUUCAGAGAAUGGUCAAGAACAGAAGCAUAUGGUUUUACAGAUACUGGACUGUCUCCAGAAAGCCGUCAUCGAUGCGGAUUCGAGCAAGGUGGACGAAUCUUUGGUGAACUUUGCCAGGCACUGCAGGCAGGAGCUGUCGGUCCGUUACCUGGCUGCCCAGAAAGGUGCCUACCCUGCGGUCCUGGCUGCUUGCCGGCUGGCAUCGGAAGAACGAUGCUCCCUUUUAAAAGCCCUCCAAGCCCUCUCUGCCCUCCUGGAUGGCCAGCCUGACCUCCUCGAUGUGCCCGGGCAGGAGCUGUUGCUGCGAGUGCUGCAGGAGAGCCGAGAUGACGCCGACCUCACUUUAGCUGGAGUCCGUUGCAUCCGAUAUGCUUGCCUGAAACAUGAGCAGAAUCGUCAGGAUCUUGUGAAAGGAGGCAUCCUUGCCUUACUGUCUGAGGCUAUCGUCCGGCACGGGGACCGGGCAGACGUGGUCCGGGAAGCCUGUUCAGGCCUCCGCAUCAUGACCUUUGAUGAUGACAUCCGGGUGCCCUUUGGCCAUGCCCAUGACCAUGCCAGGAUGAUUGUGGCUGAGCAUAAUGGCUUGGGAAUCCUGAUAGAGGCAGCCAAAGCCUUCACUGAUGACUCUAGUGUUUUGAGUGAAAUCUGUGCCACUCUGGCACGCUUGUCUGUUCGGAAUGAAUUUUGCCAGGAGAUCAUGGACCUUGGAGGCUUAAACUUCAUAGUGGCACUGUUGGCAGACUGCAUUGACCACCAGGAACUGGUGAAACAGGUGCUCAGUGCCAUCCGGGCCAUUGCAGGCAACGAUGAUGUAAAAGAUGCCAUUGUCAAUGCAGGAGGGACUGAUCUCAUUAUUUUGGCCAUGAGUCGCCAUCUUGGCAACCCACAGGUGUGUGAACAGAGUUGUGCAGCAUUGUGUAUGCUAGCAUUGCGCAAGCCAGAGAACUGCCGAGUCAUCAUGGAAGGCGGGGGAGCCUUGGCAGCUUUGCAGGCCAUGAAGACGCACCCCAGGGAAGUUGCCGUCCAGAAGCAAGCUUGCAUGCUGAUUCGCAACUUGGUCUCGCAUACUCAGGACUUCUCCCAGCCCAUCCUGGAGAUGGGAGCUGAGAACUUGAUCACCGAAGCCCGGGCAGCUCACCGGGACUGCGAUGACGUGGCCAAAGCUGCCUUGAGGGACCUGGGCUGCAAGGUUGAGCUGCGGGAACUCUGGACCGGCCAGAAAGGAAGCUUGGCGCGUUGAAGUCUCAAACCCCACCACUGAGCAGCACCUGUGGAUGCGGAGUAAGAGAGGGAAGCAAAAGAUUGGAAAAAAUCCAGACUGAGCAGUUGAGAGGGGAAAGAGUGUAUUGAUGCUACUGGAGUUGGAUAGGACUUAGUUGCUGCAGGAGGAGGCCCGUGCUCCAUACUCUCUUGUGUUCAGCUUCUUGGCCCAGGCUCCCUUUCUGCUGUUUUCUCUUGGCAGUGUCCAUGAAGCAGCCCUUCUCUCAAAAACAAACAGGGUGGCAGUGCUGUGCCAACGAUGCCGCCAUGCAACAAUGCUGCCGCGCUCAAGAAAGGGAGACGCCUGCGGUGCGUGUACGAAACUCUCAACGUCUGUACAAAUUGUCUCCAAAAGGUUUUAGCAACAAAAGAGAGGGUGGAAGAGCAGGUGGUGAGACCCACGUUUUGCUAAUGUCUCUGAACACUUCCCUCUCCUGCCCUGCAGGAUUCUGUUACUCAACUAGGCCUUCGUUACUACGACAACCGUUAAGCUUACCGGCUUCCUGCUGUAAUGCUUCCAUUUGUUUGAAUGUGCUGCCUGAAAUCUUGAUCUACUUUUUGUCCUCAGCUAUUCCAGUUGUUUCCAUGUGUCAUCAUGCUGUUCAACCAGUGCAUGCUGUCUUUUUAUUUUUCUCUUAAUUGUUCCCUCCCUGCCCUCAAUUUUUUUUUAUAUAUGUAUAUAAUAGUAAACGUGUCACCUGGUUAGGGGCAAAAGAGAGGUUGAAUAGUGUGGGAUCCUAGCAUUGUGCACUUCGUAAAUAUCUGUACUCCUUUUGAAUAUGUAUUUAAAUCAGAUUUCUAGCCCACGAGGGCUGUGGUUGGUGUGCCCUCCAAAGUUCAGGGAAAAAAAUGAUCUUUUUUUAAUUUAUUUUCUUUUCCUUUUUCUGGCUUCCUCUCCCUGUGAGUAUUAAAAUCCAGGAUGAAUUAAUUCUCCAGAAUGGGACUGUUUAAAUAAACCAGUGUAAUUUAUGCAAAUGGAAACGUUUUAACUUUCCUUGAUGUAGUUUGGGUUGCCUGUGCAAAAAUUGCCAGAUAUGUUAUAUAAAAAUAUACACGACCUAUUUGUAGCCAGGUUGCUUCUAUUGUGACCUAGCUUUUGUUUCAUUUUCUUUUGCUCAUAAACCAGAAUUAUAUACUGUACAUCUACUUCAUUCUUUAUUUAAGCAGACAGACAGGUGAAAUGAUUGUUACAGCCCAAUGUUGCAAACUCCCAACAGUGACUUCCUGGGUUCUCAAGCAAGAUCUUCCCUAUUCUCUGAUCCUCAUGAAUUAGUGAUAUUCAGGAUCAAUCAGUUCUGCAAGGAAAGAAUGACUAUCACAUCGAACUAUAUUCCUUUUCCUAAAGAUCAUCAUCUUCCCAGUUCUUCUAAUCAAAGGACCUCUGGUGGCUCAGACUGCUAAGACAGUCUGUUAUUAACACAGCUGCUUUCAAUUACUGCAGGUUCAAGUCCCACCAGGCCCAAGGUUGACUCAGCCUUCCAUCCUUUAUAAGGUACAUAAAAUGAGGACCCAGAUUGUUGGGGGCAAUAAGUUGACUUUGUAUAUAAUACACAAAUGGAUGAAGACUAUUGCUUAACAUAGUGUAAGCCGCCCUGAGUCUUCGGAGAAGGGCGGGAUAUAAAUGCAAAUAAUAAAAAAAAGGCCUGAUUUAAACAGGAAAAUAUCUUUUGUCAGCUGUAACUAGGUCAAUAUUGUUUAUUGUGGUAGUUCAUUUUCUUCCAGGGGCUCUUUUAUAUCUGUUGCCUGAUUCCCCUUAACUGGAGGAUCCAUGGCUUCAGCUUGGAGAUUUCCUGUAAUCUUUUUUCUGAAAUGAGGCCUGCAGGAAUCGGUAUAUAAGCACACAGGUGGUCCUUGUCUUACAACGAGUCACUUAGCAACUGUUCCAAAUGACAACUUACCUGCAAGACAGGAGCUAUGACCUGGUUCUGAAGUUUUAAUAGUUUGGGGGGGGGGAUUUUUUGAGGUCAAAUGACCAUACUUUGUGCACUCAACAACAUAACAUUUAUGGCCAUUUGCAGUGUUUUGUGGUCACAUGACAUUUCAACAGUUUUGUUGAAAACUGGAAGCAACCUCCGGUUUUCAACAAAACCACACCAUAGCGACCGAUUGCUUAAAACACGUGUGCUGUUUUAUGACCACCACAAAAAAAAGGUUAUAAAAUCAGGUUGAUUGACCAACCCAAUAUGCAAGGGCCUCUGUGGCUCAGACUGCUAAUACAGUCUGUUAUUAACAGCAGCUGCCUGCAAUUACUGCAGGUUCUAGUCCCACCAGGCCCAAGGUUGACUCAGCCUUCCAUCCUUUAUAAGGUAGGUAAAAUGAGGACCCAGAUUGUUGGGGGCAAUAAGUUGACUUUGUAUCUAAAUAUACAAAUAGAAUGAAGACUAUUGCUAACAUAGUGUAAGCCGCCCUGAGUCUUCGGAGAAGGGCGGGAUAUAAAUGCAGAUAAUAAAAAAAAGUGUCACAACAUAUGCCCGUAAUGGGCAGGCUCCAUUAGGGUCAUAUGUCGCGGAUUGCCUAUAGUUAAUAACACAAGGUCUGCUAGAUUCAUUCAAGUAUGUGAUUUAUCUUCCUUUCAUGCUUGAAAGUAAAGGAAUUGGCUCCAGUUUUGAUAUGCCAGAGCAUAUGAAGGUACAGAUAAUUCUCAUUUUAUAACAGUUCCUUUAGUGACAGUUUAAAGUUGCAACAGCAUUGAAAAAAAGGGACUUAUGACCAUUUUUCACCCUUAUGAUUGUUGCAGCUUAUUGAUGGUCAAGUGAUUAAAAUUCAGAUGCUUGGCAGCUGACUCAUAUUUAUGACGGUUGCCAUUUCCCAGGGUCAUUGAUCCCCUUUUGCAACCUUCUGACUAGCAAAAGUCAACAGGGAAGCCAGAUUCACUUUUAACAACCAUAUUACUAAUUUAACAACCGCAGUGAUUCACUUAACAACAGUGGCGAAAAAAAGGUCAUAAAACGGGCCAAAAUCCACUUAAUGUCUCACUUUGCAACAGAAAUGUUGGGCUGAAUUGCGGACGAGCUAUAUUGCAAAACAAUCGAGUGGGUCAAGAUUCUAGUUCUUUUCCUUUCCCGUGGCUGAUAAGCUAACCUACUUCUAGGGGGAGAUCCUUUAGCAAAUUUUGAUGAUUCCAAAGGGAUGCAUUUGUCGUCUAAUUCUGGGGAGUGUCUAAUUCUGAAAUUUUGGAUUAAUUAUGGACACUUACAAAGGCAUUUCUCCCGCACAAAGGGUGGGGGACAUGGCUAAUCCCAAAUUGCCCUUUUACCAGAAGGUAAAUUUGUGAAGUUGCUUGCCCGCAUUUCAUCUAUUCCACUUCUCUAGUCGCACAUGGUCUCUGCCAUCAUAUCUUCACGCUUUCUCCUGGCAAGGGCAAACGGCUGAGUUGCAUUUGCAUCUCCCAAUCUUUUUUUAAUUGUCUGAUAAGGCCUGUAGGGCCCAGAUGCUGUCUUGUUCAUAAAGGUAACGUGGAAACGGGAUUUGAAGCAUUUUAAGAAAAAGAGAGAAAGGGUACCCAGUGAGGAAGAAGUUCUUUGAUCACGUCUUGUGGGCAUCUGAUGAGAAAGUCUAACCAUAAGUUGUAUAGACCAGAAGUCUCCAACCUUGGCAACUUUAAGGCUUGUGGACGUCAACUCCCAGAGUUCCUCAGCCAGCUUUGGUAUAGAAUGCAAGACAUAUGUCAGAUGAUAAAAAGAUUGGGCAGGUCAUUUCUAGAAAGGUAUAAAACUAACCUUUUUCGCCAUUGGGAAGAUACAUACUUGGCCUUAUUAAAUGUUAUUACUGGGACAUUCUGUAAAAAUUGGUUCAGCAGGUAACUCUGCCUUCUGAUUGAGAACCCUAGAUGUUGUCUACCUGGGAAGCAGGGGUGGUUUUCAAAGAUUUUAGCAAGGGGUUCUCUGCCUGGUUGCUGGGUGGGCGUGGCCAUGGUGGGUGUGGCCUAGUUGGCCUCUUGCACCACGGAGGCUUUUUUCGAGCCUCCGGGAGGGCGAAAACAGGCUCCCC